AUGACUUCUAUGGAUGAUUCAAAGCGUUCAUUAGUGGUUAUGGCUGAUUCAAGAGUUCGCAAGAAUGCAACAGAACCAAUCAAUACAUACUCAUUCAUUCGUGGAAGUUAUGAUUCAACAUUAACUAGAACAGUGAAUGAUAUAUUAAAUGAUUUGAAUAUUAAGGUAAGAGUUGAACAGAAGAAUGAAGAAAUAAAGAAUAUAAUGAAUGAAAACAAAGAUGUAAACAUUGACGAUAAACUUGCCCAGAGCAUAGUUGAUGGCAUCUGUGAUUUUGAAGUACAUAAUGAUGGUGGAAACAUGAAUUUAGAAAAAGAAUUUACAUUAUUCACACUGUUUCAAGCUAUUAAUUCGUUACCUAAUCAUUUAAUUAAUGAAGCAUACGAUAACGUUUAUAACUUCUGCAGUUUAACAGAAAAUGCAAAAAGUAAUUUUGAAAAAGCACGUGAUAGAUAUGCACAUUUAAUGACUUCUCCAUUUGUUUUGGUAAAGAUUCUAAAACUAUAUCAAAAGGAAUAUUAUGAUGAAUACGUUUUGCCUUUAUUACGUAAGCCAAAAAUAACAUUUGAUAUAAAACUUGAUGACUCGUUUUUGAUAACAGAUAUUAGACGCAAGGCUGAAAAUCAUCAGUAUAAAAACAGUUCUGAAGUAAUUGAGGAUUUAUCACGUGUCAUUCGUUUUGUAGAUUGUGGAAACAAAUACUUCAUUCAAAAAGACUAUAAUAUUCAUGAUAAAAUGAAUCAAAUAUCAUUCGUUCUUCAAUCAAACAUGAAAGAGUCACUCAAAAUGAUUAAAUUAUUUAAAGAAGAAGGUAAAACAAUAACAGCAUGGGACGUACUAUUAAAUCAAUUGUCUUCAUUAACCGUUAAGGGUGUUUGCUUUAAAUCUGAUUCCCCAGAUGUUUUCUCAACGUUUCAAGGUUAUAAAUACAACAUUCUCGAAAAGCUUGAUUACUCAAAAAUUGAGAU